AUGUCGCUCGCGGUGAAAGCGCCGUGUGGUCGCGUCGCGCGCGCGCGCGGACGUCGACACGCGUGUCGAGCGUCCGCGCCCACGCUCUACGGCUCCCCGGGCUCGCGGUCGCCGUUGGUGAAUUGGUAUUGCCACGAGAUUGGCUUGGACGUGCGCGCGCGCGCGCCGAACGACCCGAGCAAUCCGCACCCGUUCGGCCAGGUCCCCGCGCUCGAGGACGAUGGAUUAACGGUAUUCGAAUCCGGAGCGAUCCUCAUGUACCUCGCGGACGCGUACGGCGGGAUGGACGACGCUAAGAAGCGAGCCGAGGCCGCCGCGUGGGUCGUCUGGGCGAACGCGACGCUCGACGGCGUCCUCUUCAUCGAGAACGAACGCGGCGGCGUCGUGGACACCGGCGCCAAGAACCCGAACCAAAAGCGUUUACGACGCUUAGACGACAUCCUGCGCGAGCGGGAGUUCUUGGUCGGCGACGCGUGGGGCGUCGCCGACUGCGCCGUCGCGGCGUACCUCCUCUACGUCCCGCAGUUUUUCCCACGCGUCUCCUGGGCGCCGUAUCCGAACAUCGCCCGCUACAUGGGUCGCAACUGCGCCCGCGACGCCUACGCCCGCGCGUUCGGCGCGGACGUGCGCGCGGGCAUCGUCGACAAGCUCGAGCGCGACCUCGCGUCCCGGUGA